AGUGAAAAUGAUCCACGCGUGCGGAUGUGCCGGUUUUGUGCAGAGGAGAAGGUUUCAGGGGAUUCUGCUGCAGCGGAUAAUCUUCUGUGCUGACACCUUGGUAACGCACGCAGACACACACCGUGAUGAUUGUUGUGCCCCUGCGGCGCUUAGCAGCAGGCCUGGGCUCCCUCCGUGCCACAAGGCCAUCUGUCAGCUUCAGCUCUAACUCCACACCUUCAUCCACCAACACCGCGUUAGAGCAACCAACAGAGGCCAGUGGACAAACUGAAGUCGUGCAAAUGAUGAGUUGUUCCUUUCUGCUCAGUCUGGUGUUUGUAUGACAGUGUCCACGUAUUUUAAAACCAGCCUCUAAACUGAACAAAAAGUGAACCCAGCGUCUGUUCUCUGCCUCCACAUCUUUCUCUGUGUGUUAAUGUGCUGUUUCUGGUGGAGGCACGCUGGAGCUUCUCGCUCCCGCUAAACGUGUGGGCAACAGAGGAGAAGAAGCGUCCCCUCUUGUGUUUGUAUAAUGUUGGCUCGUGGAAAUCCUAAUCCAACGUGAGGGAACGUGGGUGGUUACAUGCAAAGACAUGCGGAACACGAGUAACGCUACUGGAGCCAACAACAUUCCUCCUAAACAGACCGUUCCCGCGCGCUUGAUGACUCUCUGUUCAUUCAACACGAAUAUUCACAACAACUGCGUUUGUUUAAGGUUUUUUAUCAUUCUUCUAAUAUUUGGUGCCUUCUAAGACAGAAUCGAGUGAUCGAGAGCGAGGCCACGGGUCAAAAUAAGGCCUUGAGCUAAUUUGAGCUCUCAAAAGUCCAACAGCAUUUCUUUUUCACACUGCACAUUGAACGCUGCACGCUGGGCUUUCACUUUGAGACAACUUCUCAAUAAGCUGUAAUAACGCUGGAGCACAGGGGCGUCAUCAGCUCGGCACACAGAGCUGCUGGGGUCCUGGUCCAUGCCUGUGCAGAGGUUGAUGUAAUAUCCUGCUCCUGUUAUUUAUAGCUGCCAACAGGGAGCGGCAUAGACUCCAUUCUGGCUCACAUGCGAACACACCGUCAACGCCGCCUGCUUCAUUCCAGGACAUUUAGAGACUGAGAAUUACUUUAUUUAAGACUAAACCUGGCCAUUGGUGCAUUAUUCUCUAGGCAGCAGUUCUCCUUGAAUGCGAGUCUCAGGAUGAAGCCUGGUUCGCCUGGUUCCGCCCUCAUUAUAUCCAGGACAGUGAUUCCUGGAACAAUCCCUCACAGCGCUUGUCAAAAAAAUGAGGAUUUCUGUCCGUGCUGUGUCACUUCUGAAUCAAAGCUAGUGUAGGAUCCAUGCCCCCUGAAAACAGGCCUCCACGAUUACAUGCCAUUAUUUUUUCGCUGCUAGCUGGAUGUAAUGAGGAACGUCCUGGAUCCCAAACAAUAAAAGAUGCCUCAUUAAGUGGAUGGGAACAGUUUUAACUCCUUGACUGUGGUUCAUCAGCUAUAGAAUUAUGUUGGUUUUCCCUUCAGAAGGUGAAAAAUAAUUCUGACUUCUUAGUUUGAGAACUAGACCAACACCAUUACCUGGUUUGUUUCCUGGGAUCUGCAUCGCUCUGCAUCGUUCACCAGACAGUGACCGCUGCUUCAGCACCACGGACAGCGCAGCCCACUUUCCUGCCUGGAACAGGGUGGUAAUCAAAUGACCCGCUGAGAUCCCAGAACCAUCCCCUCCAGUGAGGAACGACACUUCCCCUUCAAAUAAAUCAGACUUGAAGGUCACCCGAGUGUCCACUUUAACGGUCAAGUGUCUGCGCCCUGUCACUGAUUGCUCCAGAGUCUAUCACAACCAGAUGACACAAUGGAACAAGACAUCGCUUCCUGUGAAAUUAACCACCUGGGCUUUGUCCUACUUUCUACUGACCUACUUGUAUCUACUGGGCACUCGUUGGACUUGUAUCAGUAUACGAAAGUGAGUUUAUUAAUCUAUUGUCACAAGUUCAAAAGAUCUAAAAGUCAUUAGUACAUUAUAUGACUGUGGACAGAUUUUAUGAAUUAUAGCAUAGAUGCAGGUUGAGCUUGUGAAAGUAUUGAUGUUUGUAAUUGCGAGUUCCCUUUGCUUCGUCGAUCUCUGGAAUCUGAACCAGAGAUUCUAUUUAUCUGGUCGCAGGUGCCAAAAUGAUACAAUUCAAAAUGUCUGUGUAGGAAAAAUGCCAAACAUCUGAUUCAUGGGUUAAAACGGUGAACAGCGGUUUCAUAUUUUCUGGUUCUGAGUCUGUGGACAUUCAUUAACGAGAGGUAAACAUGAUUUGUUGACGUCAGUGUGUUGUUGUGCUAUAAAGCAGUGGAGGAGUACAGUAAAUAGAAGUAAUGAAUACAUCAGGGAGGAGGACGCGUCCCCCGGCAUAAUUUCAGGUCAGCGCUCGGUUUAAUUGCAGGAAAAUGACUGGGAAGGUAAAGCAGGGUUUAAUGGUUUAGCUGGUGACAACAAUCCUAGACUGGAAAAGGUUAAAGCUUCUGUGGUCAAAGACUGUGUCCACAUUAGAGUUGCUGUAUAUACUUUGAUAAUGUUGUAACUGUCUUGGUGUCAUUUCGCAGAAUGAUGAGGUUUUGACCGGCUGCUGCUGAACCCUGUCAGGGUUUUUAACAGCUGAUCCUGUGAUCAUCUAAUCAUGCGUGAGUUAGUGGAGCUAAAUCCCAGCGUGUGUGAAAGCUGUCCUGCUGAGAAAGCCUAAAUCUGAGUGUCUGUUUACGGAGCUGUCGAACCCGGAGAGAAGCUUGAGCUAAAGGCCGGAACCCUAAUUGAUGCUGUGAUACAAAUGAAACACACACUGCUCUGAGGAGCGUUCAUAUGAAUGAAGGCUGAGCUGCGUCACCUCACCUGCUGUUUUUCUCUCUGCUUCGUGUUGCGUUUCUGUGAAUGAGCCCGUUUCACAUUCAGUACGUGGCUCUCGCUUGUCAGACGCCCUGCGCGGCUCAGCUCCGGGUCCAGAAGCCUGACACCGCUUGACACCGCGUGGCCGUGCUCAGACUUCUGCAUCCGUCUGUGAGGAAUCAGCCUGACACUUGACCCAGUUCAGCCUGUGGCGCCGUUGUGUUGGGCUCAGACACUAUAGACAGGGAAGCAACCUGCUGUGUUUGCUGAAGCACGCGUGGAUGGAAGGUUUAAAAGAACUGGGACGUGUGUGGAUGAAACCAGCAGUGGACGCUGGUAAAUGGUGCACUGGUCCCAAGCACUGGUCCCAGCUCCCAGCACAGACUCACUCGCGUGAGUGUCGUGGCUGCUGAAUAGAGGUGUGUCCUGCCCACUGCGUUUCACUGCGCACGUUUAGCCAAUCUCCUACACUCGGAUUACUGCUUCCCAGGGAUUUAGGAUUUGUGACCGCCCAACGCGCCGCGCUGAACAGUCGCCGUCCGCGUGCGGUGCUUCCACAUCCUUUCUGUCCAUGCUAACUUUGAUGAGACGCCAGAUGCUAGAUGAGAGGAGAGAGGAAUUAAUGAUGGAGCAUCACCAGGACCAAUCGCAGCUCUGAAAUAAAGACUCUUUUUGGGUUUUUUUUUUUUUGGAGAUGGGAGAAUAUUGAGGAGAAGCCGGUGCAAUAAUCAGGUUUGCUGAGGCAGGAACAUCACACAAUUAUUGACCAACUGUUGAUGCCUCCAUUCAUGGAGGAUUUCUGCUUUUCUGUGGACUUUCCUUUUCCGAUUCUGAAGUUAACCUAGAAAGGAAAAGAGGAGCAAUAACUCAUAUGUGAUAUUAGCUGAGAAUAACAUUUUCUCAACAGCCCUGAGCUUAAUGGCAGCUCUGAGGUCGUAAUCUACUCAAAGAGACAUUUGUUCCCGCAUAAACAUUCCCUCAGCGGCAGCUUGUGCUUCCAGUCAUCCAGAAUGAGCGCGUGUCAGGAGAGCGCGCGCUCUGCAGCCCCGGCGCCGGCCCGCUCCGCCGCAGACAGGCCCGGACCCCCGGCGAGGGCUUUGUCCAGCGAGGACGGACGCAGGGACGAGGCCCAGAGCGACGGGCGGCGGCGGAGCUCGCAGCCCCGCGCGCUGGAGGACUUCCUCUGGAUCGGCAGCAGCAUCGUGGCCUUCUCCAGGUGGAGGCUGGGGUACAUGGUGGAGAAAUGUAUGAGCUCCAUGCAGACCGGGACCCAGAUGGUGAAGCUCCGCGGGGGCUCCAAGGGACUGGUGCGCUUCUACUUUCUGGACGAACACAAGUCGUGCAUCCGCUGGAGGCCGUCGCGCAAGAACGAAAAGGCGAAGAUCUCCAUCGACUCCAUUCGGGAGGUGUGUGAGGGGAGGCAGUCCGAGAUCUUCCAGCGCUACGCCGAGGGCAGCUUCAACCCCAACUGCUGCUUCAGCCUGUACUAUGGGGAACACAUGGAGUCCCUGGACCUGGUGUCCGGCACCGGGGAGGAGGCCCGAACCUGGAUCACAGGCCUCAAAUACCUGAUGGCGGGAAUCAGCGACGAGGACAGCCUCGCCAAGAGGCAGCGCACCCGCGACCAGUGGCUGAAGCAGACCUUCGCCGAGGCCGACAAGAACGGUGACGGCAGCCUGAGCAUCAGCGAGGUGCUGCAGCUCCUGCACAAGCUCAACGUCAACCUGCCCCGACAGAAGGUCAAGCAGAUGUUCAAGGAGGCCGACACCGACGACGACCAGGGCAAGUUGGGCUUCGAGGAGUUCUGCUCCUUCUACAAGAUGAUGUCGACCCGCAGGGACCUGUACCUCCUCAUGCUCACGUACAGCAACCACAAAGACCACCUGGACGCCGGCGACCUGGCCCGUUUCAUGGAGAACGAGCAAAAGAUGACCAAGGUGAGCAAGGACCACUGCCUGGAGAUCAUCAACAAGUUUGAGCCGUGCUCCGAGAACCAGAAGCAGGGAGUUCUGGGAAUUGAUGGUUUUACUAACUACAUGCGCAGCCCAGCGGGGGACAUCUUCAACCCAGAGCACUACAACGUGAGCCAGGACAUGAACCAGCCGCUGUGCAACUACUUCAUUGCUUCCUCGCACAACACCUACCUGAUGGGCGACCAGCUGAUGUCGCAGUCCAGGGUGGACAUGUACGCCUGGGUGCUGCAGGCCGGCUGCCGCUGCGUGGAAGUGGACUGCUGGGACGGUCAGGAUGGCGAGCCCAUCGUCCACCACGGCUACACACUCACCUCCAAGAUCCUCUUCAAAGACGUCAUCGAGACCAUCAACAAGUACGCCUUCAUCAAGAACGACUACCCGGUCAUCCUGUCCAUAGAGAACCACUGCAGCGUCCCCCAGCAGAAGAAGAUGGCCCAGUAUCUGGUGGAGAUCCUGGGGGACAAGCUGGACGUGGCCCACGUCAAGCCUGACGAGUGCGGGCGCCUGCCGUCACCGGAGACUCUCAAGGGAAAGAUUCUGGUCAAGGGGAAGAAGCUGCCCGCGAACAUCGACGAGGACGCGGAGGAGGGCGACGUGUCCGACGAGGACAGCGCCGACGAGAUGGAGGACGACUGCAAGCUGCUGAACGGAGACACCUCAGCAAACAGGAAGCAGGUGGAGAAUAUGGCCAAGAAAAAGCUGGACAACCUGAUGAAGGAGUCCAAGAUCCGCGACAGAGAGGACCCAGACAGCUUCACCAUCGCAGCACUUCCUCCGGCUGGAACCGCUGCAGAGAAGACGGGUUCUAAGGGUAAGAGCGAGGACGGCACGGACACAGCGGACGAGGCCAAUCCCAGCAGCAACAAGCGUGCGAGUCGAUCCUUCAUAGGGAGCUUCUCUAAACGCAAGAAAAAGACGUCCAAACUGAAGAAGACGUCGAGCUUUGAAGACACAGACACGGACCAAGAGAGCACGUCCAGCGUCUCCCGUGCCCCCCUCCACCACAGCAGAAAGAAGAAGACCAUGAAGUUGUCCAGAGCUCUGUCCGACCUCGUCAAAUACACCCAGUCUGUGGGUCUGUAUGACAUCGAGGCACAAGCCAACUGCACCUGGCAGGUGUCGUCGCUCAGCGAGACCAAAGCUCACCAGGUGAUGCAGCAGAAAGCCACGUCCUUCCUCCACUUCAACCAACGGCAGCUCUCCCGCAUCUACCCUUCCUCCUACCGCGUGGACUCCUCCAACUUCAACCCGCAGCCCUUCUGGAACGCCGGCUGCCAGCUCGUUGCACUCAACUACCAGUCGGAGGGACGGGUUCUCCAGCUCAACAGAGCCAAGUUCUACAGCAAUGGCAACUGUGGCUACGUCCUCAAGCCCGCCUGCAUGUGUGAAGGUGCCUUUAACCCCAGCAUGGACGACCCCCUACCGGGCCAGAUGAAGAAGCAGCUGGUGGUGAAGAUCAUCAGUGGACAACAGCUGCCCAAACCCAAAGACUCCAUGUUAGGAGACAGAGGAGAGAUCAUCGACCCCUUCGUGGAGGUGGAAAUCAUCGGCCUCCCUGUCGACUGCAGCAAGGAGCAGACCCGCGUGGUGGACGAUAACGGUUUCAACCCCAUGUGGGAGGAGACUCUGGUGUUCACAGUCCACAUGCCGGAGCUGGCCCUGGUGCGUUUCCUGGUGUGGGACCAUGACCCCAUCGGGCAGGACUUCAUCGGCCAGAGGACCAUCGCCUUCAACAGCAUGAUGCCCGGUUAUCGCCACGUGUACUUGGAAGGCAUGGAGGAGGCCUCCAUCUUUGUUCAUAUAGCAGUGAAUGACAUCACUGGUAAGUGGGCUCCUCUUUUUCCAAAUGCUUCAUUUAGAGGCAGGACAUUUUUAGGAGCCCUCAGGCUGCCGCUCAAAACCCAGGCCAAAGCAGCCAGCGGCAUAAAAGGGCUGUUUCACAGAAACCCAAAGCAGGCUUCCCUGGACAGCCAUGCUGCUGCACAGCACAGCCGUAAGCAUCCGUUUGGUGCCCACCUCCUGCGCCGCACUGCCAGUGCACCCACCAAAGGCCAGCCCAAAGUCAAGAAGGGCUUACCAGAGAUUGCCAUUGACACCAAAGACUAUAGCUCAGAGGGCGCUAGUGAGGAGCGAGAGUCUGAGGACAAGGACAAGGCCUCUGCUGCCACCUCUCACCAGCCCACGCCACCACAACAUCGCAAUGGGGAUUCACUGGGGCCCUGGGACCGCCCUGACACCAAUGGGGCUUUUCACCCUGAGGAGGCUAAAGACUGUUCCAUGGCGCAGACACCACCUUCCCCUCUUCAUUUUCUCGCGCUAACCUCUGAAGACGCCAAGAACACACGACCCGUCUCCACUCCUGAGAAGAGUCCGUCCUACCACCGCUCGCUACUACCACCACUGGACUCACCGUCGACAGCAAUAAAAGCAGACUCUCCAGUGACAGUUCUUUCAAAUGGGGUGGUGGGCAGUCCUGUUAAAUUGAGAAGUGUAUCGCUCCCCUUGACAAACCCUGCUGAGAAAACUGUGCCAUCACAGUGCAGUCAAGCCGCCUGCACCGACCGAAGCGCUCGUUCUUUUCCAGAGAGAACUCCAAAGCAGAAAGGAAGCCAAGAAUCUAAAACAGGAGAGUCCAUGUCCGAGCACCAAGCAAAGCCUCCUGCUGUAACCCCCGCAGUCCCUGCAACUCAGAGGGCAUUGGCCAGGAGAGCACUUUUUGGCAGUCUGGCACCUCAUCCACCGGUAAGACGAGCGAAAAGCGAGGGCCAUUUUAGAGUCCCUGUUACCUCAGAUGGAGAGGCCCAAUCAGCUGUCCCAGAAGUCUGCACAGAUGCUACCGUUAACGACCGCCUGUGGAGCAUGCUGGAGCCAGGCAGCCACCGAGACAGCAUGUCGUCCUCUUCUAGCAUCUCCUCCAACGACACUGUCAUUGACCUGUCCCUCCCUAACCUGGCCAGGAAGAGCCUGACCAGCCUGCCCACGUCCAGCAACUCCUGCGACCCUCACUGGGCCAAAUGUCGUCGCUCAGCAUUGAUUUCGUACAACACCGGUCAGGUCAGCAAGAGCAAGUCCAACCCCAAUCUUCAGCAAAGCGAGAGUUCCUCAGAUGAUAUUAAGCCCCGCCCCUUGCAGCCAUCACAGGAAGCUGCUGUGGACUCACCCAACAGACUGACUCAGAGAAGGCACACCUGGAACCGGCUCUACGUGGAAGGGCUCAAGCAGUCAUCAGCCAAAAGGCCGUCCUCCACCGCAGGAGCAGCUACAGCAGCAGCAGCUACAGCAGCAGCAGCUGCAUCUUCCAUGUCCAAAAGCCUCGGAGAUCUGACUUCUGAUGACAUUUCCUGUAACUUUGACAGCAAGUAUCGUAGCAUCAGCCGCAGCUUUGUUAUCAGGCCGACAAGGGACCAGCUCAGAAGAGGCAGCCCGCAGAAGCCUCAGCCGCUCAGCAACCUAACAGAGCAGCUCCGGAAGCUGACCGACGUGGAGCCACUGACUGCUAGCGACUUUGCCACAGAAACCAGGCCCGGGCAGUCACAGGAGGAACCUGUGGACGAGUCCCUGGUGCGAAGGACGUCGUCGAGGAGCCAAAGCAGGGUGCGCUACAUCGCAAACAGGGCAAAGAAGGCUCAAGAAAGGCAGAGGCUUCAGGGGCUGAUGCAGGGAAGAAGCGCCAGCUUUAGCUUUACUGGUAGCGUUGGCAGCGGAAUUAGUGCCAGUCCCAUCGAGGAGCGGGGGAACCCCGAAGGGGCCUGCUGCGUGGCACGGAGUCCCUGCUCCAGUCUGGACUUGCUGAGUCAGCUCACCCCCCUAGGAUCCCCCUCUCCUAGACUGUCCCAGACCUCCCUAGACCCUGAAAGCAGUGAAGUCCUUUUCAGACUUAACCUCUAAGAACCGGCUGACUUGGAACUGAGUGUGAGACACACAGCUAGAGACUUGUUUGGAAACCAGUCCAGCUUUUCCCCAAGUAGACGUUGUUUUGCAUAUUUUGCAGAAUGUCACAGAAAAUUGGCUCAUAACAAACCGCUGAAUUAGUGACCCAGGCAAAGUUUAUUUCACAUCUUUGAGGUUGUGCAAGUUUCAUUUAUAGCCAGAGGAAAGCGUCCUGAAGCUAAUGAACCGUCUUUCAAAUCCUCGACUGCAGCUCUGUUUGCACCAAAUGUUAGAUGUAUGCCAGAAUGUAUUUAGUGCAAAAUAUAGUUUUUAUAUGGCUGUUUGUGUUGACUGUGCUCUCAUAUUGUUGUUGUUUGUUUUUUUCUACAUGAGCAGAAAGUAGCGGCAGAUCACAGCUAGAGGACCGGAUUUUAUAUCUACUUGAACUGUAAUAUUUCAGCUGAGUUGAAAAUGACAUACUUAACGUCAGAGUGUUUUAUCAGCAGACCCAUUUACUAGCAAUAUUUGGCAUGAUGGCAUGGAAUCAUCUUGAAGAUAAUGUGCAGUUUAAUGCUAAAAGCAGACUUGUGUUAGUUUAAAAAAAGGGAAACAAACGGUUCCUUUAGUGCAGGUUGACAGGUCUUCGUAUUAUUUGUGUAGUGGUUACGUUGUAAUUUUACUGAGCUGCCACUGUUUUGCUCUGCAGCAUGUCUCAGCACUGAUCCUGUACUUUAAAGCAGUGGUGGACUACUACUGUACUGUACAUACCUGUGCUACGUUUAGCCCUUUAUUAGUUGGCUGCAUGUCUUUAAUGCACUGUAGUGUUCAUCCCAAGGCUGUGCUUCUGUUUUUUCAUGAAGGUUUGUUAAUAAUACAAACUCCUUUUCUAGAUCGUCUACGGAGCAUCAUGUCUGAAACCCUCGGUCUUGUUUUGGAGCACGUCUGCUCGUCGACCUGCUGUAUUGUUGCACUGCAGCGCCAAUUCUGUGUGCAAAAGUUUAGGGACAAAAUAUUUAAUUCAAACCACGUGUAACUUUGACCUGAAUAAAUCUCAAGUGAAUAUUU